AUGUACGUGCAACCUGUUGGUCAAAUACGUAAUUUUGAGAAACUUAAGAACUCUGAAUCAUAUAAUGAUGAAGUUGUCGAAAACUAUCUUGAGCGUGCAGUCCUCUAUAUGAACGAGAGAACACUACGUGAAAAACGCGAUGAGUAUGCUAUCAUUGAAGACGAUUUUGGUCCAAUGUUAGAAAAAAAGCUGGCGAAUGGUAUAACUCCAUCGUUCGGAACUCUUAAGAAAGCCUGUGAACAGUUGGAUAGAAAUUCCGAUCAACACUAUAAAAAGAGCAUGGAAACAUACACAUAUUUCACAAAGCGAGGAAUUUCAAAAGAUGAAGCCAAAGCCUGCGCUAUGGCUAUUGCAUUCUAUUCAGGUGGCUACAGCGCAUUGGUGAGCACGUCAGCAAAUUAUGUUUGUCGAAUGGAACGAAAGGUGGCUGAAUUGUACACAGAUGAAGAAAAGCUCAAUAGCGAUGCACUAAUGGUUAUGUAUUACCUAAUAAAAGGCCUCUCUCGUAUCGAUUUCUAUUGGGGCGUUGUGACACGCUAUGUCAACUUGGAUAAAGAAGAUGCAAAAGAUUAUAAACCUGGUGAAAUCUUGACUUGGCUUCAAUUCAGUAGUGCAGACAAAGGUGGAGAUAAUAUGACUCAUUUUACUGGGCGCAAUACAGUUUUUAAAAUAACAUCGCUUACUGGUCGAGCCAUACAAUACUUCUCCAAUUGUGCCGAGGAAGAAGACGAAGUACUUUUUCUUCCACAUUCGUCUUUCCUUGUAUGCCGUGUAGUAGAACGUGAACCUCAAAGGCAAAUAUUUCUGAGACAAAUUGAGUUGGGCCUAAGCAAAUACGUUAUCUUGUGGGUUGAUGACAAUAUUUUUGAUGAAAAUUGGGGAAAUAAACAACUCAUGGAAAAGGCAACUACUUUAGGCACCAGUGUGAAUGUACACUUCAUUCCAAAAUCAAACACGGAUUCAGCACUUUCGUUUCUGCGUUCAGAAUUUGGGCAGCGUCUUAAAGAUAGGGAAUCAUUUCGUAUCGUGACUGAUAUGAAGCGAACAAAUGAAGAUGAUCCCAGUAUGGCGGGUGUUCGAUUACUAAUGGAGGUGCGUAACUUGGGUUUCAAACAAUCCUGUUUAAUAUUUACGGGCCACGAAGAAUCAUCUCACAAAAAGCUACAGAAGAUGUUCGGUACUGAUCGACCCCAAGGCAUUACAGUCACUCAAUAUGAUUCCGAACUGGAAAAGUUUGUCCUUUUCAAGCGCUGUUAG